GUCGCCGGAGUCGCGGCGGCGCGUCCGUGGCGCACUCUAAAAACAGUCGUGCCGAAGAUGGCGACGUGUGAGCGGCGUCGUCCGCGCGGCGUUUAAUCCGCGGAGAGAGAGAGAGCGCGAGGAGGAGGUGUAUCAUGUUGCCGCGGUCGCAGGCUGGGCCCGCAGUGUUUCCGUGAUCCCGCGUGUUUUUCGGCUCGGCGCGCGAGUGUGCGUAAAAGGAAUGUCAGAGGCGAAACGGGCGCCCCUGCAGACCCUGGAGUUCCCGGAGCCCCUGGGCCACGCGACGAAGGAGAAAAAGGGGAACAUGGGCAAGCAGCUCGCGCCCUCCUUCCGCUUCGCGCUCACCCUGCCCGAGUCCAACGAGAAGACAUGCCCGGAGUUCAACUACGCGCAGCUCCUCAAAACGGCGGAGAAAAAGCGAAGGAAAGAGCAGAAGAGGGAAGACGAGAAUACGACCAAUGGGCUUGAUCCGUUCGACGAGGAUGACGAGGAUAAGCUUAGAGACAUGGCGAAACGGUUCGAGGCGAAAUAUGGGACGUCCACUAUGGGUAAGAAGAGGCACAAGUAUGACGAUUACGUGGACUUGGGCGCAGGAUACGAUGAGAACGAUUCCUUCAUCGACAAUACCGAUGCUUACGAUGAAAUUGUACCCGAAGAGAUGACCACCGCGCACGGGGGUUUCUAUAUUAAUUGCGGGGCUCUCGAGUUCAGAGCAGCCGAUAGACGUUCGUUAGUCCAUAACAAUAAUAAUAAUAACAAUAGCGACGACGAGGAAAGUAGCGAGAGUAGCGAGGAUGAUACCGAAGAUGUAGAUAGUCCUAAAAGGGUAGAUAAACGUAUCAUUAGCUCCUCGGAGGACGAUGAGACGGAGGAUAUUACUGGUGAUAAUCCACGAAAGAGACGGAAAAUUGAUGAGAGCAGCGAGAAAAAAGUUAAUCACGAGAAUGUCAAAAAGAGGAAAAAGCCGCAAAACCAUCAGACUCAGGAUGCGCAGCAACAAAAUUCUCAACAAGAUCUGGAUCUUUUGAGACGGAAGGAGAAGAAUGAGACGACAGAUGCGGAGGGAGGUACAGCCUCGGAAGAUCAAGAGGACAAGAAGAAGUCUGACAAACCGGAGAAAAGUAAAAUAAGCGAGAAAAAGUUCGAUAUAAAAAAGUUCGAGAAGAAAUCCUCCAACAGCAAUGGAUAUGACGCGAAGAAGAUAGAUAUAAAGAGAUUGGACGCUAAAGACAGCAACAUCGACGACGCGAUAGAAAGCGUCGUCAACGCGGCUCGAGGAAUCGAGGACGACUCGAGUCGCGACACGACAGAUUCGGGGAAAUCUCGUGUUUGCCUUUACGUUGAAUCUGACGGGGAGGAAAUGGAGAAUAAAGAAGCGUCUUUGCCCGAGAAUCUACCGGAGGAUGUACGAGAUAUAGUGAAUAAACUAAAGAUUCAAGCGGAAAACAGCAAAGAUGGUAAAAGCAAGUUCUUCAAUAGCGCAGUUAACGAAGUGCUUUUUACUUUAGAGAAGAAACUGCGAAUGUUGAACUCGCCUAGCAUAAGAUUACAAACCUACGGACACCUAGUACGAUUUUUACCUUGUAGUAAAAUUACUCUUCUCAGCAGAGCUAAAAAACUUUAUUUGAAAGACGCCGAGCACAGAGUGAACGAACCGAUGCAAAAAUUAAAGACGCUUAUCGAUAAUGUUAUGCCAUCAGUUACGGACAAAUACUUGAAGGAAUGUCAGAAAGUUGCCGAUGAAAAUCCUCAAUUAUACUGGGAGAUAUAUUCGUACUGUUGGGGUUUCGAGGGAUCUCCUGCAGACGCGGAGAGCAGCGAUGAGGAUGAUGGUUCGUCUAAAAACGCGGAAAAGCCGAAAAUACCACGGAAACGAUUUCCAUGGACUGACGAAGCAAAGAAACUCGUUCUCGAAAUUGCGAACGCCAGGAGACAUUAUUUCAAAAUUCUCAGAACAAGAAAGGAGAGUAUGGAAUCGUUCGUUGCUACUUUCAUGGAUACGAAUGUCUUACCACUGUGGCCGCCUGGAUGCGUACGAUUGCAAACCUUGUUAAAAUAUGCUAGUCCCAUUGAACCCGCCAUUAAGAAGAAGUUGAAGAAACCGAAAGAAAUGGUGAAUGCGAACAACGUUACCACUUCUGCCAAUACUCAAGCUUGUAAUAUUGUUGCGAAGAACGAUGCGACAAGUGCGACUAAUCUUUCGUCUCAAGAAAGUGAGAAGACAAAUACGAACGUAUCUAAAAUUCAGAUUGUUGGCGAAAAUUCGACGAAUUUUGCAAGUCAAGCGACAGCGAAGUCUAACGAUGUCAACACCGAUAAGAAGCAGCCCGGUAAUAAAUAUAAAGACAAACACACGGAGAACAAUGCGGGCCAGCAACAGCAGGAAUGUCCUGGGAUCUCCAUUAAUAGUUAUACAGUUGGUAAAAUUUCUGUAGUACCUACGGCGCAGCUGAUGGCUCAGAAGCCAACUAAAAGUCACGUUGAGAAAUUUAAUUUCAUGGAUUUGACAAACAGUUCUCUAUCAAUAACACGCGUCGAUUACGACAAGGGAACGGGAAAGCUGAAUGAAGCAGUGAUAGAGGAUAGAGUUUCUAUCACAGCAUGUCCGGAACCUGUGAGUCAUUCUAAAACAAACGAAAUUUCCCAAGCUGGACAUCAUUCCGUAUAUAGGCAAGAUACUCCAUAUUCGUCGGCACAGGCCUUGAAACACAGGUUCUUGCAGGAGAAUGCAGACGCCAAGUGCGACAAGAGAUUGGACGACAAGGAUGUUGACUCAAUGAUCAGUAAAACUGACAAAAAGGAGAAGAAACGAGAGCGAUGCGUCGAUGUCAAGCUCAAGUCGUCGCACGAUCAGAAGAAAAGGAAGAAGAAUCACAAGAUGAUCGAGCAGCAGAUAGGGCCUAACCAAGACGUAGUGCCUAUGCCACAGCAAACGACCCUUUCGAAGGAGGAACAGGAACAGAGGCAAAACGAGGAAACUAUUGCCGCGACUAAUUUCCUCAGUCAGAUCAUCAACGACGAUUCCUCGCCGCGUGGGUUAACCGACAAACGGAAAGACGGCUUCAUUACGGAUGACACCUUGGGGAACGCGGUACAACCAACGGAACAGGAGAAGGACGUCCAAAUGGUAAUGAGGUCGUUAAAGGAGUUGCAGGAGUUGCAAGAGAUGAAAUUUUCCCCGAACAACUCGCCGGUCGGUGGUACCAUACAAAAGCCUGGUAAAUCAAAUCCGCAGUAUGUUACUUAUCAGGAGGAUUAUCAACGAUUGUAUCUCAAGAAGGAGGAUAAAAUGAGGUCUAAGGAAGAAGCACAAUGGUAGAAACGACGUACGUUAUCGCCCGUUUUGAAGUUUUUUUUUUUCUUUGGGGAACGGUAGUGAUCAGAUCAGCUAUAUUACUUUUACGAGAGAUAAUAGGCGGGACUCUCGAAAUUUGUAUAAUUUACGUUUCGUAUGAGCGAUCGUGCGAAGGCUGACGGAAACUUCUUCCACUUAUAUGACGCCGCUUAUUGGCGAGAUAAAAACCGUAAUGCAGCUGUCGCAUGUAGGUUUACAGCGAUCAUACUGUGUAUGUCGUGUGAGGAUUUUAAAAUAUUUUCAAACAAGAACCGCCAAAUUAUGUACAUACAUUAUAAAUUCGCUAGCGGUAGUUUCGGUUGUAUGUGUACAGAAUAAGUAAAUUAUGAAAUUCUAGAGUACUCGAAAGAUGUGGAUACACUUGGCGGAUGAACAACGAGCGAACGGCGAACGCAAAAUUCAACCUGCUUUCUAUGUCAACUUUAUAGUCGAGAUGAGCGUGAGUUAAAUUUCGUUAUCUGUCACGCGUAUAUAUUUUGUAGAGAUUUUUCCUUUAAUAGUGAACAUUCGCUUUCGCUCUCCGUUCAGUCAUUCGUCCGGUGUGCGCAUGUCUCAAUAAGUAUUUGUAAAUAAGUGAGCAGCGUCCAAUCGCUCCGUGAAUCGGUUGGUCUACAAGAAUUUUAUUUGCAUUUACUUGACGAGCCGCCUGUGAUUUUUUUAUUGUGAUUUUUCCGAUUAUGCGGUAUUUGAUACUUUCGGCUACGUAUGCGCGACACACGUGACAUUUUGUUUUAAUCUUAAACGUAAGGCAUCAAAUGCUGUCUUUUUUUUUUUUUUAAGUAACGCCACAACGUUGGACGGAUAGAUUAUUGAUGUUAGUGAAGCCUUUGCUUUCGUAUCUUCUUAUAUCUUUUCGACCACCCUGUGUCACGGAGCGAAAGAAAGAUGUCUUGUGUACUGUUCCUCCUUGUGUUUCGGUUGUCAUCGUUAUCAUAAUGUAUGUACGUUAGUGAAAAAGAAAAAUUCGGUGUAUUAUUUUCUCGAAAUUGUAUUACUGCCUUCCAUGAAUACGCAGGUAAUCGUCGCAGAUUCGUCGCGAGUAAUUCUAAUUGUAACUGGCGAUUUAUCUAAUUAUAGUUAUGAACGGAUUGCGAAAUUAAUAUGUGAAACUGCGGCUAUCGGAUAAGCGUUACUUCGUAGGAGCAAAAAGUCACGAUACUUCCACUGUACAUUAUCUUUGCGUCGGACAUUUCCUUUUCUUUUCUGUCGUAACAUCACAAUAAUAAAUUGUAUCUUCAACGCUUUAUAGUGUUGGAGGAGGGAGUGCGAUUAUCACUAGAGAGAGAAAGCGAGAGAGAGAGAGAGAGAAAGAGAGAUUAUCAUUAGCUCAAGAAGGUACGUGCGAGCAUCCGUUGCUUUCUCGACUUGCAAAUUUGUGUGGCUUUGUAUGUGGCUUGACUGAAUAGUAGACACGUUAGAUAGCGCGGAGAGAGGAAGCGAGUGCGAGAGGACCCAUGUGUAUGAGAGAGAGAGAGAAAGAGAGAUCGGGGAGAAGGCGAGAGUGCGUGAGAGAAUGAAAGAGACGACUAGAAUAUUUUUGGAACGCAUAAAGAUGACUAGUGUAUUAUACCGUAUACCUUACCCGCCCCCUCCCCCAUUUUACCCCUAUGAUACUUAGAGUAAAAGAACGUCUUGUACAAUUCCGCAUUGAGGAUUUUCACGAAGACGACUUUAAAAUAUAAGUUUUGAAUAUUUUUUA